AUGAUUGACCAAUUAGAAAAACUCUUGGAUGAAACAGAGUCUCUCAGGAACGGUGAUUCAACAUCUACUAGCAGCAGCUUGCUUUCAAGAGAAUCAGACUUUACCAACGAUGCUUUACAUACCCGAUUUUCCAAUUAUUGUACUGGUAGCAAAAUUAUAGAUGAAUAUUUCGGGGCGAAUUCACUGUACCUGCUACUGUCAAAUGGUGGAAGGCAAUGGUAUAUUGAAACAUGUACAGGAUUUGAUCCCUCUUUCAAAAAGACACUUUCUGAAUCUUUGUUGAAUGUUUUCUUCUUUAUUGAUAUGGUGGUUGAUGAGAAAUCUGGUGUCUGGGUGAAUGUUACAUCUACUGAAGAGCUAGAGAAUCUACUAGAAAUUGAUUUUAUUGAGGAAGCUUAUAUUGAAAGCCUUAUUGAUAGCCAUUAUGAAGAAAUUUCACAAUUUCAGUAUCAAAAUUUUAAGUCUCAACAAGAAAUCAAAUUGAUUAGCAAAGAAAUUUUCAAAUACAAAAAACAUUUAUUAGAAGAUACAAGUUGUCUUUUCUUUUUGAGCUUCUUAUUAGAAUGUUCCUCAUUAGAAUAUUCCAAAGCAAUAUCCUCUGAUGAUUUAGAUGAUUCAAUAAAAAUCAAGCUGUUUUUGAGAAGUCUAAUUAAGUAUUGUGUUCAUUUGAUUAGAGCUAUAUUCUUCUCCAAUAAUAAAGUUGAGGACCUUGAAGGAAUGUUAUUAUUUUUGAAAUUUUCAGACUCAAAGUACAUUGACACAUACCUAUCAUCUUUGCUAGAUUAUUCAAUUCAUGUUGUGAAAGAAUUGGGGCUACACAAGAUGGAAUACUAUGUUGGACUUUCAGAAGAAAAAGCAGAAUUAAGAAGGGAACUAUUUUGGGAGUUUUACAACCUUGAAAAAAAGCAAUGCCUUUUAACUGGUCAGAGAUCCUUGUUUGAUGAUGAAGAGAUUACAUGUUUCUAUCCUAAUGGAAUUCAUGAAAUAGCAGAGAAGGCCAACACUGGAAGUGGUAUAGAUCUCACUGGAGAUAAUGUUACAGACUACAUCAGGUAUUAUGAGAUUGAAUUCUACAGAUUUGUGCACCAGGUCCAAAAUAUUCUAGGGAAAGGAAGAAUACAAUUAAGUUCAAUUUCAAGUAUGUUGGAAGAGUUAAAAAUGUUGAAAGGCUCUAUUGAUCCAGCUAUAAGGCCAGGAAAUAAAAUUUUGGAUGAAAACCCAUUAGAACUCAAUCAAUUCCAAGUUUUGAAAGUUCAAAAACUCCAUGUUCAGUACAACACUAUUUACUUUUUCAUCAUUUCUAGCUUCACAAGUACAAAGCUGCAUGCUCUAUACGAUGAAUCUGGUCUAGAGUGUUGCUUCAAUAUUCUUGAAACAAUUUUUGAGACAAAAGUUUGUGACUUUACUCCAGUUAAUGCACUUACCAAGAAUGGAAUAAUAGCUUUUCUUUAUAUGAUUGAGUCGUUCUUGAGAAACCCAAAGCAGACUAAAAGCACACAGAUAAUGCGAUAUCUUAUCAAGUUUCAAUUUAGAAUGGUUGAAGGAUCAUCUUCUUACCAUUCCAUGUUUUGGAGAAUCACGAACGUGAUUGCCAAUUAUAUGCUUGAACCUUGUGUUAGUAUAUAUCUUAGUGUGAAGGGGUCAUCAGUUCCAGCAUCAUUGGGAUUACAAAUUCGUGAUUACCAUGAUAGGCUUGCCAAAUUUAAAGAUGUGAUCAGUUCUUAUAGAAAUCAGCAGUCUGGAAUUGACCUUAAUGCUGAUGAACGUGCUUUCUCAGAUUUGAUUGCACCUAUUCAGGACCUGACAAGUGGUAAGAAAUUGCUCUUCGUUGAUUCAGAAGCUUCAGAUUCACCAGAAAGUUAA